AUGUCCAUUCCCGCAAUCUCCCGCAAGACCGCCUCCCUAAGCCUCUCCAACGACCGUCAAAAUCAAAUACACGUCGACCCUACACCCGCCAAGAUCCAACCUCUCCCCCUCUCCUCCUCCCACCUUCCCAUCCCCACGUUCACUCUCACCAGAACGCUGGCCGGGGUACAGACGGACCUCUUGAUACAGAGUUAUGAAGAUAGGGUGUUUGUGAUGAUAACUCAGUUGGGGAGGAUGGGGUUCUUGACUCAAGCGACCCUCUCCCCACUCCUGCCUCUCCUAAACCCACCUUCCCAACCCCCUUCUACCACCACCACCACAACCGCCACUACCUCUUCUUCCUCCUCCUCCUGCUCGACCACCACCCCCUCCUCUCAACCAGACUCGAACUCGAUAACCAAAAUCCUCCCCCUCCUCCCUCCCCCACACCCCUCAACCCUCCUCACACCCCUCCUCGGAACCCCUCAAAGUCCGGGUGACCAGACGCGGGACGAACUGUACGUCGGGCAGGUGGCUACUCUUGUUUGGUGGUUGGGCGAGAAUCCCAAUUUGCCUUCAAAUUCCGGUAUGGGAGGAGGAGGUGGGAGGGUUGGAGGAGGAAGGAGACCGGUCAUCGUCAGCCUAGCUCUCGCUCGGGCUCGGGAUACGACAUCCGAUAGGUCCUCCGGCAAAAGCGCCGCCGAACGGGAACAAGAGGAAGGAGAGGACCACGAGGAGGAAGAGGAAGAGAGCGAAAGGGAAAGAGAACGGUUCGCUGGGAUCAUGGGCAUGAUCGCCGAAUGGUCCGGCGAGUGA